AAGCGCAGAAAAUGGCAGAGGGUGAUGAAAAGAAACCUAAAAUUGCUGUAAAUAACCAGGAGGUUGGCUCACCAGCAAAGGCUGCAUGGAGCAAAAUUGGUCUGGCAACAGGAACUGCAAUGAAGAUGUACAAGAGACAAGCAAGAAAACGUGUUUUUGUGAACCGAAGUUUGAUGUUGGAAAAGGUGAAAUUUUAUGGAUUUGACAUGGAUUAUACUUUGGCAUUGUAUAAAUCGCCCGAGUAUGAGACGCUGGGUUUUGUCUUGCUCAGAGAUCAACUGGUGGAAAUGGGUUACCCUGAAGAAAUCAAAACAUUUGAAUAUGACCCAACAUUUUCAAUAAGAGGUCUUUGGUUUGACAAGCUGUAUGGACACUUGCUAAAGGUUGACCCCUUUGGAAACAUUCUUAUCUGUGUGCAUGGGUUUGAUUUCUUGGUGGGACGUCAAAUUCACCAGUUUUACCCAAACAAGUUUGUAAACAGGGAUGAGAAGAGGUUCAGGAUUUUCAACACUCUUUAUGAACUGCCAAUCAUUUAUGUGCUUGCCUGUCUGGUGAAUUACUUCAGCAACAAUCCGGAGUACACUCAAACAAAGACAGGUGUAAAAUCUGGGGAUGUGACCAUGACAUACAUGUCCAUAUACCAGGACUUGAUGGUGGCUGUUGAUCAUGUCCAUGCGAAAAAGGGGCCUUUGAAGUCAGAGACAUUAAAAAACUUGGAGAAGUAUGUGACGAAGACGAACAAACUGCCAAUGUUCUUAGACAGAGUUCGAUCAAAUGGAGCCAAAGUAUUCUUGGCGACAAACAGUGACUUUGUGUACACGAAUGGUGUGAUGACGUAUCUGUUUGACUACCCAUCACCAUCUCCUGACCAACCCCAGAGAAAGUGGACCUCCUACUUUGAUUACAUUGUUGUGGAUGCCAAAAAACCUUUGUUCUUUGGAGAAGGAACAGUUUUGCGUCAAGUUGACACAGCUACAGGUUCAUUCAAGUUGGGGACUCACACAGGACCAAUUAAAAAGGGCCAUGUCUACUCAGGAGGAUCAGUGGAUGUGUUCUCCGAGAUGAUGGGGACCUACGGGAAAGAGGUCCUUUAUGUUGGCGACCACAUUUUUGGGGACAUCCUCAAGUCCAAGAAAGUACGAGGCUGGAGAACCUUCCUGAUUGUACCCGAACUGGCCCAGGAACUUGCUGUGUGGACAGAGAAACAGAACCUCUUUGCUGAACUGGAACAGCUGGACUGUCAACUUGGUGAAAUUUACAAGAACUUAGACAGCAGUUGUGCCAAAAAACCAAACAUCAAGAAUAUCCAGAAGGCUAUCGCGGACGUGUCACAUGAAAUGGAUAUGUCAUAUGGUGUGUUAGGAUCGGUGUUCAGGAGUGGUUCCAGACAGACGUUCUUUGCGGGUCAAGUGAUGCGUUAUGCUGAUUUAUAUGCAGCCACCAUACUUAACCUGCUCAACUAUCCCUUCAGCUACGUCUUCAGAUCUCCUGCAAUGCUGAUGCCCCAUGAGUCUACUGUUAAUCAUGAUGACAGUAUCCCAGCCCAGGAUUUCUUGUUGGCACCCCGCACGCGCUCUUUUAACGAGCCCAGCUCUCCAAACACACCAGAGGGUGAAUCUAUGCUAGUGAGACAGGACAGUGCCUGGAAGAGGUUUGUCGACACCCCACGACAUAGCACACAUGUGCACGAGUCCGAGGACGAAGAUGAGGACGAGGAGGGAGGGGAGCCAGCUGAAAUGGCCGUGGAUGAAGAAGAUUUCGAAUAAACAGUCAAGGUUUAUGAAGGUGUGGAUCCUUAAUGAAAACUUCAUGGCCUGAUGAGAUUGCCCAGUAAGACAACCUCAGUUUUGUGUAUGAUUAAAGUCAACCUGUCUGUUCUUGUGCCAUACGAAAUAUAAACUAUGCUAUAAAGGUUAACUUGCAAUUUGAAAACUACACCACUUUAUGUUCAUGAAAUGUUCCUAGCUGUAAGGGAUAUAGCAAAGAAUUGCAAGGAUAGUUUCACAUUUGUUUGUUGUGAUUUCUCUCAAACUGUUCAUCA